AUGAAGAUCUCGUCGGAGUUCGACAGCGAGGAGAAGGUCUUCAUGAACAAGGCGUCCGUGCGCCUCUUUGACGGCCUCGCCAAGAUCAAGGCGUCGUGCCAGACGACGCUGCGCGGCGAGUGGUGCUACCCGCUGGUGAGCGUGGCGACGAAGCACGUGACGGUGGACUACGACGUGGACGGCAAGAACGCGCUCGUCGGGCUCAACGCCGACGUCGGCAACCACAGCGUCGCGUACCGCCGCGACAUGCAGGCGAAGCGCAGCUCGGUGUCAACGGUGUUUCGCAGCGAGGACAGCAGCAAGAGCGCCGAGUUCAUCCUCGACUCUGCUGUCGGCAACUACAUCCCCUCCACGCUCGCGAAGGCGACGCUGCUGUUCCCACGGGGCGACCUGCGGUUUGUGGACGAGUCGUGCGAGUACGAGGACAGCAAGGGGCUCUCGGGGUCAAUCUCCGCCAACGUGCUCAAGGGGCUCGCCAUGGCCAGCUUCUCGCAGGCCGACAGCGCCAUCAACCUGCGCUACCACUUCAAGAACGACAUCAUAACAGUGGCGCCGUCGCUCUCAUGGCCGUCCAACCACAUGCACCUCACCUUCAAACGUCGCUUCAACGACCACCACAAAAUCAGCAUGUCGUACGAGGUGCAGGAGCUGAACUACAGUGCAGUUUACAAGUACAAGCCGCGGGACCACGUGAAGGGCAAGCUGGGCUAUGACAAGGCUGCAGGCCUCGCCUGGGGCUCACUCUGGCUGGGCAACGAGUCGGACGGGUGUUCCGGGACGCCAAUGAAGACCAAGACGCAGCUCAUGGUGCAGGUGCCGACAAACGAGGGGCUCAAGGGCGCGGCUGUGAUGUUCAAGAUCAAGAAGCGCAUCGACAUCCUAUGA